AAACAAUUUAUAGAUUUCAUCGUGAAAGCGAGAAGCCGUAGUUGCCCUCUCAGAUUUGGGUUCUGGUAACGGGAUCUGUAUCAGGCCAUUUGGAGUUCUGGAUGAGUCGUUUAGGGUUUAAAUCUGUGAUAUAUGAUGGCGAAUCCUACGUGGGAGACGUGGAGGUUUUCGCUGCGAAUAACCAGAAAUUUCAAUUCCCAAACAAUGAAAUUCGAAUUAAGUACUUCACUCCGCCUAGUGAGCGAUGCCCUCCUCUCUCGAUCCUUCAAACUAUUUCCCCUUUCGCAGUUCGCUGCAAGCUCGAAUCGAGAGCUCUAGCCGAACAGUCUCCACUCUAUCGGCUUCAUGCUUCCUGUUUCCGGGAACUUAAGACAGCGGUUGUGUUGCUUGGAGACGAAGAGCUUCACUUGGUGGCAAUGCCGACUAAGCAGGAGAAGCUUACUUGCUUUUGGUGUUGCUCUGUUCCAUUGGGUCUUUAUAUGUCUUGCAUAGGGAUGCUGAAUCUCCGUUGCCUUGCGAUUGUUUUUGAUCUUGAUGAGACCCUUAUUGUUGCCAACACUAUGAAGUCAUUUGAGGAUAAAAUUGAAGCUCUUCAACGUAGGCUUACAUGUGAGACCGAUCCCUCUCGGAUUGUGGGAAUGGCGGCAGAGCUAAAACGCUACAUAGAAGAUAAAUCAAUAUUGAAGCAGUAUGCAGAGAGUGAUUUUGUAAUGGAUAAUGGGAAAUCGUUCAAGGUGCAGCAGGAGGAGGUUCCUCCACUAUCUAAUAACUAUGAACGUGUCAUUCGGCCAGUUAUUAGAUUGCCGGAAAAGAAUAUCGUUCUUACUCGGAUUAAUCCUGAGAUCCGCGAUACUAGUGUGCUUGUAAGGCUGCGACCUGCGUGGGAGGAUUUGAAAAGUUAUUUAACAGCAAAAGGACGCAAACGUUUUGAAGUUUAUGUUUGUACAAUGGCUGAGAGAGAUUAUGCUCUAGAGAUAUGGAGGCUUCUUGACCCAGAGGCGCACUUAAUAAGCUCAAAGCAGCUUUUGGAGCGCGUUGUUUGUGUAAAAUCAGGUUCGAGGAAAUCUUUGCUUAAUGUCUUCCAAGAUGGAAUAUGUCAUCCAAAAAUGGCAAUGGUGAUUGAUGACCGUCUGAAGGUUUGGGAAGAUAAGGACCAGCCUCGAGUUCAUGUUGUACCUGCAUUUACUCCUUAUUAUGCUCCUCAGGCAGAGACAGCAAAUGCGGUGCCAGUCUUAUGUGUAGCGAGAAAUGUUGCAUGUAAUGUCAGAGGUGGCUUUUUCAAAGAAUUUGAUGAGAAUCUAUUGCGAAGAAUCUAUGAACUCUGUCAUGAAGACGAUGCUUUAAAUUUACCAAUUCCACCUGAUGUCAGUAACUACUUAAUGUCAGAGGAUGCUGGUUUUGUACCAAAUGGCAAUAGAGAUGCUCCUAUUUCUGAGGGCAUAAAUGGUUCUGAAGUUGAUCGAAGAGUAAAUCGACCGGAUGAGAAGUAUAUUCUGGAUUCCGCUUCUGGUUUCAUUUCUAAUAAUCCUGAAUUGACACUUGAAAUGUCUCAACUACCGGUGACCAUCUCGCCAAAUAUUGUCAAUCCAGCAACCUCUAGACCAAUUCUACCUUUACAGAGACCUAGUUUGCCUGGAGCUUCUGCUAGUCGAGAGGUCAACCCUGCUGAAUUGGACCCUGACAUGAGGAGAAGACUCCUAAUCUUGCAGCAUGGUCAAGAUAUGCGGGAUCACGGCUCAGGUGAUCCUUCUUUUCAGUCAAGGCUACCUGCACAGGUGUUGCUACCAUCAACGCUGUCAUGUGGAAGCUGGUCUGGAGAGGACACCAAUGUGGGACAACCUAAUAACCGGGCAAGGCAGAGUCUGCUAUACAAUGCUUCAGAGAGUUCUACUUCCCAUGGCACAUCCUCUCAUGCAUCUCAAGUGAAAAGUGAAGAGGCUCCUUUUGGAAAUGAACGUCAAAAACAAAAUCUUUCGCAAUCAAAGCAUUCUUCAUUCUCAGAGGAUGAUGAGAAUCAUGCAUCUACAGAUAGUAGGGAUGUCCAGACUGAAGGUGAUAAAGUGAUUUCACUAUCGGCCUCCAUAUCUAUUGGAGUGCUGCAAGAAAUUGGACGGAGGUGUGGCUCUAAGGUUGAAUUCAAGUCUACAGUAAGCAUCAGUAAGGAUCUGCCAUUUUCUGUUGAGGUUUUGUUCGCUGGGGAGAAGAUAGGUAUUGGGAUGGGGAAAACAAAGAAGGAAGCUCAACAAAAGGCUUCCAAGGAUGCUCUUCACAACUUGGCUGAUGAAUAUACAGACAAUUCUGCACCUGAUUCUGGAGCUGUGGAUAAAGAUUUGGAUAAGCUUUCCCUUAGUAGUGAAAAUGGAUUUUUAUGGGAAAUUGUGGAUCUUGAACUGAAGGAGCAGCACAAAGAAGCUUUACCCAAUGCCAGCAUUUCUGAGGCUGCUGAAGAUGUACAUGGUAGUUCAAGAUCUGUGAUAAGUAAUCAAGCACAAAAGCGUUCAAGCUCACCAAGGUCAUCAGAGGAUAUUCUGACUAAACGGUCCAAAGAGGAACUCUUGCAUGGUCUACAAGGGCUUUCAUAGACAUGGCACAUGAAGAAUGGACAUCCAGUUUUGUGACCAUUUUGACUGUACAGGUUUAAUAGGCAAGCCAACUGUUCCCUGUAAAGCUGGGAAUUUGCUUUUGUUGAGGUAUCACCUCAUGUCUUCCUCAAGGAACAGCCAUUCCAAUUUUUGCUUCCUGCUUUGUUUUUUU